AUGUUUUUAAACAUCGACUAUGCUAAACGGGCUGCUGCUCGUGAAAAAGCUUUAACGAAGGCCCAAUCUUUUGAUAUAAUAACACUUGACGACGAUGAUGAUGACAUUGAUUAUGAACAAUUAUUUGAUGAUCAUGAUAUCACAAAUGAUGGCUCUAAAUCAGAAGUAAAAAAGCCUAUUAAACGUGUUCGUUUUGCUCCAAUGAUGAUUCAAGAAAGUUCUCCAGCACCCUGUUUAUCUCGUCCACCAUCUCUGAGGCCAACAUUUGAUGUUGAAUUUGAUUUUGAUUCACUUGCAUCACCAGUUAACGAAUCGAAUAAAAAUGAUGAUAAUAUGAAUUGGAAAAAUGCUUUUCUAAGUGAUUUACAUGUAGCAAAAAAUAAUACGACAACGAUAAUUUCUUCACCAUCAAUUAUACAAGUUGAUACUAAACCAGACGAAGCGACAUUGUGGGAUUAUAUGAAAGAAUCAAAUCCGGAAUUAUUUGAAAAACUUGAAAAAACAUGUACUGAUAAACAAAAACAUAUUGAUCGAUUUUCUGCGCAACAAUCAACAUUGAUGAGUACAACCAAUAUUAAAGUUACAAAAUCGAGCACGGAAUUGAAUUCUGAAGUUCCAGUGCCAAAGUCUAUACCAUUACCCGAACAAACAAAUGUCUCCAUAAUCGAAAUUCGACUAGAAAAUGGUGAAUUCAACCAAAUUCAUGAAGAACUUCUUCAUUUCUUACUACCCUAUCAUAAAAUUCUAUGUAAAGAAAAUAUUUGGCCACAACAACAAAGUUUUACAUCACCUAAUAUAUCUUUUCAAUUAAUAAAAGAUAUUUGUGAAAACAAAAAAUCUUUUAAUACGAAUUCAAAUCGUAGCGAUAUUCUCAAAUAUUUAAUGUUUAUUUAUACCAUAACAUCCUUUCUUUAUGUAUUUGCCUAUUGUUCAUUACAAACAGCAAUACGUCAUGUUGAAAAUAUCAUUGUACAAAAUAUGAAACAUGUUUGCAUUGAUCAAGAAUGUGGUAAACCUUUAUUUGAUUUAUUAACAAAAACUCAUCAAAAUUUUGAAAAUAUUCUUCACCCAAAAAUUUUACAUAUUAAACAAAUUUUUAUUGAUUUUUUCGAGAAAAGACGACGACUUAUUGGUACUCUACGACAAUUAUGUGAACCAAAAUUUCUUCUUCUUGUUCAAUACGAAUCAAUUGAAUUACUACAUGAUAUUGAGCGUGGUCUGUCGUCAAUUAUUGAACUUCGUUCUUACAUCUAUGACAAGCCAACUAAUAUCAAUCGAGAUGAAUUUAAUGAUCUAUUAAUGUAUAAUAAUAUGAUUAUUAUUCGUACACGUCAAAUAUCAUCCACGAUAAUAACUCGACCAAAACGAUUAACAUUAGUUAUUGAAUAUGAAUAUGGAGAACAAAUGCCGCAUUGGCAUCGAUUUUGUCAACAACAAUGUAUUUCUUAUCUUGCUUAUAAAACUAUUUUACCAUCAUUUAUACCUCCAGAACAAGAAUCAAUUCAUUCUAUUGAGAAAAUAUCUUCUCCAAUAGUCAAAGACGAACCAUCAAUUUUACCAACAAUUAUUUUAGCUCGACCAUUGGUUGAUAAUUUUAAAUUAUUACGAACACUUGAAUGUCGACAUGAUAUAUCGAUUAUUACACGAGAUUAUCAUUUACUUGACGUUCCCAUUGAUCAGCAACCAGAUAUUUUAAUCGAUUGGACUACUUCUAUGUUAAUCUUUGAUUUAAACAUAAAACUUGAUAUUAAUUUAGUACGACAUAAAAUUCAAUCCAUGACUUUACAUUCAUGUCGUAUCCACAUAGCUAUUCUGACUAGUGGAUCAACGCCAGACUUUAUUCUUUCAACUUAUAUUACGCCAAUCAAUCAAUUAGCAAAGCAAAUUCAACAACGUGAAGCUAAUAUUAAUAUUCAAAUUAAAUCAUUUAGUAGUCUCGAUGAAUUUGCUAAUUAUGUAGCUCAACUAGUACAACAAGGAUCUACAUUGCAAUGUUUGUUGACUCCAACACCCUCAUGGAAUGAAAAAAUGUUACUUCGUCGAUGUUCAUCUCUCAAUAGUAUUAGUGCACAAUUGAUUUUACAACGUUUAAGAAAUGUCGAUCUGUCGACAGUAAGUCUUGAAAUAUUAAUGAACCAAUGUCCAGAGAUACCUAAAACCUAUUUGAAGGAGUUCUUGUCAGAUAUGCACAAAAGCACUUGA